AUGAAGUAUCACCAGAAUCCGGUAAAAGCUGAGCCAUAUCAUUCUGCAGAAUCUGAAGAUCAAGCCUCUUGCUCAGAAGUUUUUCCACAGUCAAGCUUCAGCCGAAGUUCCCAAGGAAAUUAUUCUUCUCAUGGAAGUCUGUUUCAGAGGGAAGUAAACGACCUCUAGAUUUGCUCAAGUUAUCACCAGAAUCGGAUGAAAGCUUAGUCAUUCCAUUCUUUAGGACCUUCAGGUCAAGCCUCUUGUCCGAAAGACUUCCCACAGUCGAGCUCCAACUCAAGAGCUCCACCAAGUCUUGAUUGGAGCUGCUCUGAGCACAGCUGCUGCCACUCUCACAGAGGGCGUCACCUCGCUCCACCCAUCUCUUGGAGGCAACUCACGUCGUGAUUGGCGCUUCGAGAUAACAAAGUCGGCGGCCCCAAUCCGUCUUGUCUGCUCCGGAAGUGCUCCUUUCACUUCUACUUCUUCUUCUACUCGUUUGGCAACAUCCGUCAGGCUACCGUAUGCUUCCCGGAGUGUUGCCGCCGCCGCCGUGGUUGCAAUGUUGGCCGAUCGAAAAGUGGCCGCCAAGACGGAGUAGCCCUCCGAUUGACAUCGUCGGCGAGGUGAGAGCAUAAGGAACAACGAUCGGUUUUGACUAUUCCAGAAGCUCCAAGAAACAUUUCAAACCCUUCAAAUCCCCAUAAGACUCUUGGUAGACGUGAAGAACAUCCAGUCACGUCUGCAGAUCAAACUAGAUUCUCAGACUACUAGUCUAUCUCUCUAUUGACAGAAAUUCUUGGGUGGGCUCUAAAAAUAGGAAAUUCCGUCAAAAUUUCAAAUCCAUCUCCAAUACUCUGGUCAUUUGUAAAAUUUCUAGAAGCUUCGAAAAUAGUCAAAAAGAACUUCCAAACGUCAAUCUCCAAUACUCAAACUCCCAGUUUUUCAAACAAGUUCCAAAGGGUCAGAAAGUCUCAUUACAACUCUACAAAAUUUCAAAAAUUCUUCAAAAAGCUUCGUAUGACUCAUACUCCUUCAAGUUCAAAUUUGAACUGCAAUACUUGAAUUAUCUACAUGGAAAACACUUUUCUAUGGUUUCCAAAGGGGCAGGAAUGGAAUGAAAAAGUGCAGGAAAUACUUUUAGCCUCGCCAAACUCAUUAAAUUGGUCUACACUCAUUAAAUCGCCUGAGCAAGCUGAUAUCAAUUUAUUUUUUUUCGUUUUUUCCCACUUGCUACAAAUUACUCCAAUUAUGAGAUUCGAAAAUUACUAAUAAAUUAGAGACUUUACGGUGAAUUAGUAUCUCUAUUGAAGGCUACUUGAGGUCAGAAAAUGGAUAAUUCUUCCAAAACUGAACCUAAUUAGUCUUAAACUAACACGGAGCCAACUAUUGGUAAAUAAAAAUCUCUUGAUUUAUGAUUAAUUUCAAAAAUUCCCCACGGAAAAAUGAAAAAAAAAACAAGAAAACGCUGGGAAGAGCCUCAAAAUCCCAUCGAAAAAAACUGAACCCCUCCGAAAAAAUCCACUUUUUUUGAAAGCUCUUCUCAAUAGUUGACUACGCUCUACUGCUAAACUGGUAAAUAAUAAAUUUCAAAAGCAAAAUUCCAAGCAGGCUGGUGCGAGGGCCGGCCCGUCAGCCUACCGGCCCUUUUUCCAAGCUCGGCCCGGCCUUUAGGGAGGCCUCAAACGGCCGGUUCGAAAGCUAAAGGAAGUUCAAAUUUUCUUCAAGUCGAAUUUUUCGCUUUUUUUUUCACGAGAAAAAGCAAUGAUUUCGCUUAUUUUGUCUCAUAUAAUUAUUAGAAACUAUAAUUCAACAAGUAAAAAGUUUUUUUCGGGGAAAUUUUUAACAAUUAAAUUUAAGACUUUUAAAGCUCGGCCUGGCCCGAGCCCGCGCAGGCUUUUUUCAAAAAAAAAAAAUUCAAAAAGCCCGGACCAGGCUGACCCGGGCCGGCCUGCCUGACGCAUAAGCCUGACUCCAAGUGAAAAAAGCUGAAACUUCUUGAAAGUUCCUUCAAAACCCUUACUCAUAUUUUUCUGAAAUUUUUACACAGAACAAAUCCUCGAGACCCUUUCUGAAGAUGAAAUUGAGAUGAAAUGAAAAUGACGUGAGAUAAUGAUCAUAAAAUAUUCGACGGCGACGAGGAAAUUGAAUUAAUGGCCGCUGAGCAGACGGUUUUUCGCCGCGGGGGUCCUUAUUUUCCAUCCUCCUCGUCAUUUCUUCCCAUUUUCUUGUCCCCAAGCUGUAAUUUCCAGUUUCGAUCUUCACAAUUUGUUAUUGGAUGUACCACCUUGUAAUUGUAGACUUUAUACUGGAGAAGAAGCUUGAUUAAUUUCCUGGAGCAAUUAUAAAUAUAUAUAUAUAUAUAUAUGGAGGUACAGUAAAACUUGAAUUCAUCCAAAAUUCAUGCAUCAAAAUUAAAUUUUGAAAAAUAUCGUCUUUAUAGACUUGAUUUUUGGACUUCAAAAAAAUUUUUUUUCAUUCAUCAUUUUACAUUAUUAGUGUACAAAUCGCGUCAAGACCCUAUUUUUCAAACCUUACUGGACCUUCGAAAAUUUUUUUCAUAAACUAUAGCACUGAAAUUUGAAAAAAAGCGUAGAUGAUAAACUCGUCAGCAAGCUAUCUCCAACCAAAUUAACUUUGAAAAAUCGCGAACCAAAUCUUGAAUAAUAAGAAAUUUCGUAGCUCAUCAAAACAGGCGCAGAUUUUCUGGAAAUUCUUAAGAGUACUGUUGAUUUUUUUUUGAUUUUUUUUUCCUUUUUGGACCUAUUCCCAGCAGACUCCGUUGAACCAGGCACCCGUGCUUCAGCCCUACUCUAAUCCAUCUAAUGCGUGUCUAUAUCAUUACAACCAAUUAAAUUCCCCUUUUACCUGUGCUACACUGUGUCAUAAUUUAUAAUGCUUUCUUUUUCUAUUUACUUUUUUUCUUUAAAAACUCUGUACAAUCCUCGAUUCUUAUUCUGACCUUAUCAUCUUUCAAUACUGGCUCAGAGGCUCGUUAGGGCCUCAAGUGCCUUUUAUUUAUUUAUUUCAGGCCUUUAUGCCAAUUCUUCCCUUCUUUUUUUUGUACAUGUUAUUUCGUUCUGCCUGUAAAUAAAUUAUAUUAUUAUUAUUAUUAUUUCACGGGAUUAAAAAGGUCCCAAAAAAAUCCUAUAAAGUUUAUUGAUUUCUGAACGAGCUUCUUCAGACCAGCAAAAUUUAUCCGAAUCCUCCAGUGUCCUCAUUAGUUUUUCCAACCUUUUUUUGUUCUCAAUUAUCGAAGAAAAUUAAAGUUUUUAAAAGCUUUCUUGUAUUAUUGGCCUCCAAUAGUUCCUAACCAUCUAACUAGAGCUUCUAUUGGCUACUAAACAAAAUCUAAAUCUGAAAAAAAAAUAUCAAGUUGUACCUAGUGACCUCACUGAUCAAUCCAUCCCUUUUUCAAAUCUUCAGAUCGCCUAUUGUCUUUGCAAAGCCAAAACCUCAAUCUUUACAUGAAACAAACUCAAAUUGGCUGCAGACUCCCUCUCCGCCAUCGACAUCCGAUCACCUCGGCACCAGCGCCAACACUCCGGAAUGCGGAUCCGCAGCAGAGGUCAACGACUGCGUCGUGUGCGGCGACAAAUCCAGCGGCAAGCACUACGGACAGUUCUCUUGCGAGGGAUGCAAGAGCUUCUUCAAACGGUACAAAGACGUUCAUUACCUUAUUUCUAACCAAGUCAUUGGUGAAGGAUUUACUUGAAACUCUUUGAUAAACCAUAUAUACUCGGAAACCACGGAUCCCGCCUUCAUACACGAAAAUGGACUUUUCACCAGAGCCAGCACAUUGAUUAUUACUGAUAUAAGGAUAGGAUCUACUUUUACUUUUUUUGGUUUUUGUUGGUUCUGUAGUGUUUUUUUUUUCCGAAAACUAUGAAGUUUUUCAGUUUGCAACUUUCAGGGUCCUUCUCAAGUAGAUCAAUGGGUUCUCUAGAUCCUUUUCAGGGAAUUAUUAUUGAAAUGACCCUCCUUAUCAGGUCGAUCCGCCGUUCCUUGAGCUACACCUGCCGAAGCACGAAAAACUGCGCCAUCGACGUCCAACAUCGGAACCAAUGCCAAUACUGCCGGCUGAAGAAAUGCUUCCGGAUGGGUAUGAGAAAGGAAGGUACGAGGAUCGGAACGAUGUUCUCGACACGGCCGAUUGUUCAGCAGUUCAGCGCGGCCGACUGCCGGCAGGACUGUCGUCGCUGCAGUCGACGGCGGCGUUGGUCCACAACUCCAACAUGUUCUUUCGACACAUGAGUCAAGUCAACAUCGCCUUCUUAGCUCAGAACGUUCAGCUGAGAAAGUUUUCUUCAGGUUCUUUAUUGGAAAAUCGAUUCAAUACGAUAUUGUUGCUUGAUAAAUUAUCUCAGCUCACACUUGAACUGUUGGAUAAGGGUAAGCUCAUGCCGGUUUUACGCUGAUAACGUAUCUUGGCUCAAAAACUUUGAUAUAACUUUUGAAAACAAGAAUUACCGCUUCGAGUUGAACAAGAGUGGAAAAUUGAACCUAGUAACCCUAGUCUCUCUGAAAAGCCCUGUCGUUCUGUUCAUUUACUCCUAAAACGGAUAUAGUCAAUUUUCCUCGACUUGAAAGACGAGAUUACUAGACUGGCAAGGUUGAGGCGUUGCGUACACGACGCUGCUUUUUGGCGGAAGUUCAAUUUUCUUUCCAAACGCAGUCAUGGUUAAAUGUGGGGAAGAAUUAUUUUUUGUAUAUUUUUAUACUUUAACUAGUUCAAUUAGAUCUUUUCAAAACCAUAAAAAAUUGAAACUUAUUAGGACAAUAUCAAAAAAGGGGAAAAAAGGUGACUUGCAUUUGACCUCACACUCUCCCGCCAAAAAGCCGCGCCGCACACGCAACGCUUCAAGCUUGCCAAUCGCCUUUCAAGUCGUGGAAUUGAUUACAUCAAAAUUGUUUUUAAAAACUGAGACUUUGUACCUUAGUGCUCUCUAACCAGAAUCAAAAUCUCAAGCUUCUAACAACACACAGACAUCUUAUUGAGAGACACCUCCUUAAUGUACCAGAUAAAGAUCCUGUAAAUAUUUAUCUGCACUACUUUCUAGUUUUCGAGAAGGACACUUCAAAAUCAAAGAAAACGAUCGAAGUCCGUGGAAUAGGUUAUUUUUGGGUCUCUUAGUCCUAAUUCUUCGAAAAUUGUGCACGUUGAGACUUUGAGAAUCUUUUUCUGGUAAAUCAAGGAAGGUUUCGGAUGAGUAUCAGGAAACUCUCAACCUUAAAGUUAAUGACCUUUCUUGUGAAUUACAGAAAACUUCGACGCCAACGUCGCGUUCGAAUUUGCCGCUCAAACAAUGUUGGCAACGAUCCAAUGGUCACGGGCGGUCGCAUCUUUCGCUCAAAUCUCCCUAUCUGAUCAGGUAUCUCUAAUCAGAGACAACUUCUUCUAUAUUUGAAGUUCAGAUCCGUUUGCUUCAAAAGAACUGGCCAUCGAUUUUUGUUCUGGCUUUAUCUCAAUCCUCGCUUCCACUGAAUGUCGCGGACUCAUUAUGUUCCUAUCUUCACUUGGAUCGUGACGAAGACUUUUCCGCCGAGAAAUUGAAGCUCUUUCAGGUUUUUUUCCCACUUAUAUGUAUCUUCAAAUCUCCCUUGAAUAUCAUAUUCUCCUGAUGAAACACCUAAAUAUCAUCUUUAUGACCUAGCAUCUCAUUUUCUUAUUCUUAUAAACUCUAAAAUCUCUAAAAUAAUUAUUAUCCUCGAAAAAAUCUCAAAUUGUUUCAGAACAAGAUCGAAGCGAUUAGAAACCUCAAACUCGACUUCGCCGAACUGUCAUCGAUUCGAGCGGCUCUGUUUUUUGAUCCAGGUAUUAUUUUUCUUCAAAACGGUUCUUAAUUUAGUUGGAGUGUUCUGAUGAGCGCCUUAAAAUUAUAGCUAAAGUGAUGAAAAUCCUAGAAUCAAAUUGCAACCGACUCAAGACGGCUUGCGCUUGUAGUAGCGAAGCAUUGAACCGCAUCACUUUGAGCCAUUUUAAGGGCGACUUUUCUUCUCCCAUUCUUCGCAACUUUCCACUCAACCUCAAAUUUUCAAUUAUCCAUUCUUCUUCCGUCGUAACUUGAAUCUCUCCCUAAUUUCACCACAAAUCGCGACCGACUCGAAACGACUUGCACCCUUUGAUAUCUUAUAGCACUAGAGCGAUUUCUCCCUAGAGUCUUGGACCUUUCUGAAUGUCACCUCAUGUUUCUCUUCUCCCAUAAACUCGUUAUUCCCGGAGAAAUCACCGUAAACCUCCAGCUCUCCAAGAAACUCUUGCGCCCCAUUGACCUACCGUAGUCCGAAAGGCCACGGCCUUCUCCCCUCCUAAAUUGAGCCGCAAGAGCCGCGGAGCAGCACGUCUAAUCUCGCCGAGCCAUCGCUUUUUUCGGGGCCUUCCUGCAUAACUAAAUACUUUUUUCCGCUUCCACUACGCCGUUCCAUCCGGCUUUUCGUUGAAAAUGAUCUCUCACGGCGAUAAAAACGGGGCAACUGUCCACAAGAAGACGAGGCAGAGUAAUUCACCAAAAAUGAAGAAUGGGAACUCUUGUGAGAGAAAAAAGCUUAAUGGUCUGAUGGUCGAUUAGGAUAACUCAAAAUCUUAAUCGAUCAUUGAAUUAAACCUUAAGCUUGAAAAGGUUGUCUCAGUGUUUUGGAACUUGAUUGUAACACCCAACAUAAACGUUGAAAACGAUGCAUUGGUAGAUAUAAAUCAUCUUUGAAACGUACAAAAACCUCCAGAAACUUCAUCACUGGAAGAACAGGAGAAGAUCGUGGCGAUGAGCGAAAAAGUCCGAGGAACACUGGAAGACUACUGUCGGAUUCAGAAAUCGCAUCAGGUGAGCUGAUCUUACAAGGGCCAUUGUUCCUUUAUAAACUGACUUUCUGACCGAUGCCGAUAAAAUACACGAAAAAGCUUCUUCCAAGAAAAUUUGAGACUGGCUAAAAAAAACUAUAAAUAAGUUAGUUAUCCUUUUACGUUCGGCUAUUUUCGCGGAAUUUUCUCAGGAAAAAAAAAUUGAGACCAAAGGGGCGUGGCCAGCUGAUCAAAACGAUAAAAACGAUAUACUGCUGAAGCGAGAUUACAAUGAAAUCAGAAAAAAAAAAAUAAAAUCGGUCUUGGAUUUUGAAUCACAUUUAUCCUCAUUUACCUUCAAACUCAUAUAACCCUUGCGCUUCCAUUUGAAACAGUCUAAUUUUCCUAUACCCUCUUAUCUCUCGACGACGGUCAAUUUUGAUUGCCGGUGAGGGAGAAGAGGGCGCAGAAAGGUCAGACUUUUCCGAUAGUUACCAUUCACUUUCAAGUUUUACUUUUAACGUAGUGUUAAAGAAACUUUUCGAAAUAGGAAAAAGGAAGAAACUGACUUAUAUACUUUCCAUUGCAGCCGGACCGUUGCACGGAGCUGCUCGCGACGCAGUUGUCGCUGCGAGACGGCGACAAGACGAAGUCUUCAGUCGCGGCGUCUUCAGUCGCGGCGUCUUCAGUCGCGACGCUGUUCUUCGCUCGCUUCACCGGCGCGAACACCAUCGAGUCGGUGAUCCGCGACCUGCUCACGUACACUCCAUUACCGACUCUUCAAGUUCCACCUCCGUUUCUUCCAUUUUUACCCCCUCCUCCGGUGCCAUUUUUCGGCCAGCAUUUGUUGUGA